ACUGAAUGACUUUAUUCUAGUUCUCUGUUCAUUCAAUGGAACCCUGGAGUUGAGAUUAAAUAGGCUAAUCAUAACAGGUGCAAAUUGUAGCAUUCUGAUUGUGGAUUAUGAACAGCUCAAUCUAAAAGCCACAUUGUUUUUACAGUUAAUUUUGGCUAAUUAAGAAAAAUGUCAGAAGUCACCAAUUUCAACUAGAGUGCUUUGAAUAAAUGUGUGAAUUUCCUGAAUUUGAUGCAGUAAUUUCAUAAGGCCUAUAUGGCUCAAAUGAAUGGAAAGUUUUACUCCUAAAUCAUCAACAGGUGUUUUGGACCAGGCCAUUCAACCCUGGCAGUGGGCUUUCUCCGCCCCGUACCGUCUGUAACCAUAGCGAGACCCAUCAUCGGAGACGCUCGUGUCCAGAAUGACUAAUGUUAAAUGUUGCGUGAGAAUUCCAUGCAUGCCAGUUAGUAGGAUAGUUCAUUCACGACACCAUCGCAUAACGGGAUAGUUUCAAUCGAUUGGUAAAUCCCAAAUGUGCCAUGGAAACUAUUAUCUUCAAGUGAGGCCUGUUGAUACAGGUUUGUUUGUUUAGUUGCCUGGUAGCUUCUAUCCUGGAUUACAAUUCAUUCAAGUUACGGAUCCAUGAUGGACCUGGGCUCGGAGUUCGUGAAAGUUAAAGCGCACUACAGCGGAGACAUGCUAAUCACAGACCUGGCUGCCACGGUAACCUACAUGGGACUAUGUGAGGAAGUGAGGGUGAUGUGCAGCCUGGCCCGGCAGCAGCCAAUCACGCUCAAGUGGAUCGACGAUGAGGGAGACCCAUGUACCAUCUCCUCUCAGAUGGAACUGCAGGAGGCCUUCCGGAUCUACAGCCGCAACAGGAACUCAGGACUCCUGCUCCACGUCUUCCCCAGUAUCCCAGUAAAGCCUGGUAUGCCAUGUCCAGGAGAAGACAAAUCGAUCUACCGCCGCGGGGCCAGAAGAUGGAGGAAGCUCUACCGAGUCAACGGACACCUCUUCCAGGCCAAGCGCUUUAACAGGAAAGCGUACUGUGGCCACUGCAGUGAAAGGAUAUGGGGGCUGGGGAGGCAGGGAUACAAGUGUAUCAACUGCAAACUACUGGUCCAUAAGCGCUGUCACACACUUGUCCCUCUGACCUGCCAAAGGCAUAUGGAUCCAGUCAUGCCAUCACAGGAGCCCCCUUUAGAUGAGAAGAGUGAAGAGGUGGACCUCCUCCCUGAAGACACAGAGGAUACAGAUGGAAUACCUUUCCUACCACACAAUUGCAAGAUGGACAAAGUCGAAGAGGACUCAGAGGAUAUCAAAGCAGUGGUGGAUGGGAUUGACGGUAUCAAGAUCUCCCAGGGGCUGGCGCUGGGCUUGGGGGACUUCGACCUGAUCCGAGUGAUCGGCCGUGGCAGCUACGCCAAGGUGCUGCUGGUGCGACUCAAGAAGAACGAACAGAUAUACGCCAUGAAGGUGGUCAAGAAGGAACUGGUUCACGACGAAGAGGACAUUGACUGGGUGCAGACAGAGAAACAUGUGUUUGAGCAGGCGUCUACCAAUCCGUUCUUAGUGGGCCUUCACUCCUGCUUUCAGACAGAGAGCCGGUUAUUUCUCGUGAUCGAGUACGUCAACGGAGGGGAUCUGAUGUUUCAUAUGCAACGGCAACGGAAACUACCAGAAGAACACGCAAGAUUCUAUGCUGCUGAAAUUUGUAUCGCUCUGAAUUUCCUGCAUGAAAAGGGAAUCCUCUACCGAGAUUUGAAACUGGACAACGUUCUCUUGGAUCACGAGGGACACAUCAAGCUGACAGACUACGGGAUGUGCAAGGAGGGCAUCAGACCAGGAGACACCACCAGUACAUUCUGUGGAACCCCCAACUACAUAGCCCCCGAGAUCCUCAGAGGGGAAGACUACGGGUUCAGUGUUGACUGGUGGGCGUUAGGCGUGCUCAUGUUUGAGAUGAUGGCCGGGAGGUCCCCGUUCGACAUCAUCACCGACAAUCCUGACAUGAACACCGAGGAGUACCUCUUCCAAGUUAUUCUCGAAAAGCCCAUUCGCAUCCCAAGGUCUCUGUCGGUGAAGGCUGCCAGCGUGCUGAAGGGCUUUUUAAACAAGGACCCCAAAGAGCGGCUGGGUUGCCAGGUCCAAACGGGCUUCACUGACAUCAAGUCGCACACGUUUUUCCGCAGUAUAGACUGGGACCAGCUGGAGAAGAAACAGAUGACCCCGCCCUUCAAGCCCCAGAUCACAGACGACUACGGCCUGGAGAACUUUGACACCCAGUUCACUAACGAACCAGUGCAGCUAACACCAGACGACGAGGACGUCAUCAAGAGAAUAGACCAGUCCGAGUUUGAGGGAUUUGAAUACAUCAACCCCCUGCUGCUAUCCGCAGAGGAGUCUGUAUGAGGGAGAGGAGACCUCCUCUUCUCCCACCUGUGUCUGUCCACCCCCCACCCCCCUCUCAGCCAAAUCAAUGAACAACUCCCUCUGGGAUGGAGGGAGGACAAAGGGAGGACAAGAAACUCCCGGCUUUGCACGAGGUUCGAGGACACGAGUGCGAAAAUUAUACUUUUUUUUCUUUGUGGAUCCCCCAUAAUGCAUUGCAUUAUUUUGUUAUCUGGGCAAAACUCUUUGGAGGUGGUCAACAUAAAAAAGGACACAGGAACAUUCCCAAAUCUUGGUUGUUGAUUGUCCUGUUUUUUUGGCUUCGCGUUUUUUUUUUGUUUCCCCAACAACUCCAUCUCUGUGUCAGCAGCAUGGCUGGCUAUGUCAUUUCAAAAACAUGAAAGCGACUUCAUUCUGUGCCUGCCAUCGUAAAACAGAUUUUACAGUCCCCCCCCUCGCAUCCCUGGAUGGAAUAUGACAGUUCUACGACUAGAACUUGAAGUUAUGUGCACUUUGUUUUGUUAAUUCUUUUUUUUUUUUUUUUUUAUCUUGUAGGAGGCUCCGCUGCCUCGAGCAAAACAAGAAUGUACAAUGACGAAGGAAAAAAUUACAAGUUAUUAUUGUGUAUUAUAAUGUAGGUAGCAACUCCAACUUGAUGAUGCCUUUCUAUUGAUGCAAAGUGGCACGUUUUAUUCAUGACCAUGAACUUUCUUUUUGUUUGUUUUCCUCAGCAUUGAUUUUCAUGAACAGAAAGAAAAACUGAGACAAAACAUUUUUUAUUUUUUAUUUAAGAAGUGCCUCAAAGAUCCAAUCUACACCAUGUUUCUGAUUGCACUUAUCGAUUGUUCCAAUUCCUUUCAGCUGCCUGGCGGGUUGGUCAGUUGGUGAAGAAAGCCAGUGGAACAAAUCGCGCAUAAAGACCAAGGGCCUCAUUUCUAAAGGGUUUUUGUGCACAGAUUUUAUUGUAAAUUGCGCAUACACCGAAAUGUAAAUUAUGCCAACGUUAUAAGAGUUAAAGAUUUAACAACCUUGAGCUUGACAAGAAAAUAUGCAGUUGGAAGCAUUUUUAUAGAUCAUCCAAUACUCUGACAGCACAAAGAGGCAAACUAUCAUCUGUCGGUCAACAGAAUUUUGAACGAUAGUGCAUCGUCCUCAGCACUGAAGUAUGGGCUACUGUAAGUCUGUACACUUCAAACUUGAGAAGUCUAAGUUGUCAUAGUCCUUUGCCAUUCACAGCAUAUAAAAAUGUAGUUGAUCACCAUAGAUGCUGAGUGAAAGGUGUUUAAAGGGGAAAUAUUUUUAAAGAGCCACUGAACACACUGUUUGGCAUGUGUGUUUUUCUGUUGCUCAUUUGAAAAACGAGAUUUCAGUCUUGGAGGUGUGUUUCCUAACCGAUUCCACGUUUGGUUAAUGAUGUUUAUUCCCCAUGAGACACUGUAGACGCGGAAGCCUAGUUCCAUCCUCAAAAUCCCCAGAAUGAAUCUAAGAUAACUCAAGAAAUCUGUAAUUAAGUUUGAUGUUUCUGAAGAGGAUGUUUUAGUUGCGCAAUUUUACAUCCAUUUUACAUUUGGGGCAGUAUUUCUCAAGUAAAAAAAUGUGCGACGUGUUGUCUUAGGUAAACAAAGUCAGAGCUGCUGGGCAGGUCUGUCUCACUGUCUACGAUAUUGGAUAGAGAGAAGUCACCGCAGCUGUUCACCCCAUGUUAGUGGGCAAAUGGACAUCGUCAAAUCAAAACCCAACCUUCAUUUACCCGUUGUGACGCACGGAUGUUCCAAACUCCGUUUUAGAUGAGACUGACACUAGAAUAACUGUUUCUGACUCAUAUCGAUGCCACAUAGGCCGUUUUCAAAGGGAUUCAUUGCUUUUUAAAGGCAGUCGCUCUUUAAAUUGUGCAUACUCACAUUUUGAGAACUGAUUGAACGCUUAAAUUUAGUAUAGCAACUAAUUUUUUUAAUGAGGCCCAAUGUCUUAGGUAAUCCAAAUGGUUAAAUCUUUAAAAAGGAAUGAACGUUAUGGAGCACAGUAGCCAGCCAUGGUUCUGAUGAUAACAUGGUUACUCUUACCGUUCUGUUGAAAUACCAACCUGGUCUUAGAGCAUUUCGUAUUAUUCUGUAUCUAAAUCUGAGACAAUCCAUUUAAUAUAUGUUACGUUUUGUAUGGUAUGUAUUAAUUUGUGGAUGUCCAUCACCCAUUUCGUAUGAUAUGUUACGAUUUUACA